AUGUCGGCCACAGUUUCUUGUGGGAAAUUUUUCAUCGCUGCCGUGAUGAUGUUGAGCCUUUUUCUGCUUCAUCAUCAUCAGGUGAGUGGUAUUCAAACAUGCACCAAUUUAAAUGCUGUAGCUGAAGCGGUAAAUUCAAAAGACUAUAUUCAAUAUAUUGUUGAUCAACAGCCAAUUGAUGAAUAUUAUACAGCCUAUGUGAGCCGAAAUGAAGAUGUGGACUACAAUACGAUGAAUGUUUCUAGAUCCUCCAGCUGGGUUAUGAGUACCUUGUUGCAAUCCGACAGUGAUACCUACAUUAUUGCCGAUGACACGUUGUUGCCAUAUCCCAAUGUCACUUUUGUAGGAAUUUCAAAUGUCAUCACUACCAAAUAUUUGGUUCAAGUGAAUAGCGACUACAAGUACCAUAGUGAUAUAGAAACAAUGGGAGUAGUGGCUUCAUCACCAAUUGUCCAACUUGAUACUUCCAAUAUUCUUUCCGACAAUCAAUUAGAAACUGUGGCUGCUUCGAAAUCAUUGAAAACCUCUGAUUUCCCAAUUCUGAAGGAUGAUGUUAAAGUUGUUACCAUCAACCAUACUGCCUUCGUUUCCAUUGUUCCAUUCCUCUCGAAACAAUCCGUGAAUUUUGCAAUUUUGGAUAUCAACUCUACCACUCUUCCGGUUCCUUCCUACAAUCAAACUUUGGGCGCUUUUUCAUUUGUUUUCCCAUCCGAUUUGAUUAUCAAUGAACCAAUUUAUGAUAUUAACGGAACUGUUAUUGGCCAACAAAACCACUUAUCACCUUCUGCUGUCAGCAUUGAAUCAAUUCCUUCAGUUCAAGAUUCCACCAAUUUGCAAAAACUUAUUUCUGUGAGAAUUUUGAGUCUUCAGGUAGUGGAACCAGAGAAAUUUGGUAGCAAGGUCAAUAUCGAUGCUGUUGUUACAUUGGUAACACAAGGAAGUUUGAAAUUCAUCAGAUAUAACAUUCAGACAGAUUCAGACAAUACUCAACCUUCAACUGUGACUGCUAAACCUGUUGCUGCUCGUGUUAUCAUGCCUAAAGUUGAUGCAAAUAAUUUGCCAUUAGGUGCCAAGAUUUUGUUCAAGAAAGAUGUAUUGUACACUCUCAUGACAAUUUCUCGUGACCAACAAAAGGCCUUUGAAAAUUUACAUGGAGUCAAACUCGACUUUGACCCAUCCCAAGAUGUUGCUCCAUUCCUUUUGAUUGUUAACAUUAACACUGGAGCAGUUGCAACUGCGACAAAUCUCGGAAAGAAAUUACUCAAGACCUCUCGCAACUAUGCUACUGAUUUUGCUUUUAGUGGAGAAGAUGAUGUUAUUAUUGUUGGUAACAGUGAAGAUAUUACCUAUGAGUCAGGUGUUGAAGAGUACAAGAAUGUGCAAUCAUUCUAUGUUUAUUACUCACACAAUUCAGUCGUUGCUGCUGGAUACUUUGGAAACUCGCUUUUCAUUAAGCGUGAUACUACAUUCAUCCACCCAGCAAGCGAGGCCAACUUGCGAUUUAUUGCUCUUGCCACUUCAUUUGCGAUUGAUCAAGUGAAAGGAAAAUUUGUUGUGGGCGGCUAUGUGACUGAUUUUGCUCAACCAUGGCUUUCUAAUGGUAGAUUAUCACUCGUUCAAUUCAAUACCACUUCUUUGAGUAUUGAGAUUUUAUAUAAUAUGCAAGUUGCCUAUGAUGGAUCCAAUCAAGUGAGAAUUAUUCGCAACGCCAUCAAACAAAACCCAAAUGUUAAGGGUGGAAAUCCAGCAGUUUUCAAUGCUGCACUUUCUAUGCAUGGUCCAACCACUCCUCCUCCAGCAAACCCAAUCGAUGACAAAUUCAGAAAUGUUGCAUCAGGAUUCUGGCAAAUGGAUUGUGAACCAAUCAAUUAUGAACUUGCUAAUGAUCUCACAUAUGCAUUCUAUGCCGUUUUCUCUGUUGUUGUUUUCAUCAUGGCUGUCAUUGUCAUUACCUGCUCAGCAUAUGGAUUCUAUUUGUGUAUUAAGGAUUGCAGAAAAGGAGACGAAUAUUCAAAACUCAUUGAGUAA